AUGCUUUCUGCAAUAAAAAUUAAAAAAAUUAUUUUAAAGUACGAAAUUUUUUCUUACUUAGAAAAAUGUAUAUGUGGUGACGAUGAUGACAAUUUCAUAUUAAAAAAGUCAACAGAUGAUGAUUCUCUUUUGGUUGUUGAUGAAGAUGAAGAAGACAAUAAUGAAAGUUCUAUUAUUGUUAAUCCGAUAAAUCUCGUUAGCAGAAUUGGAAAUUGUGCAAUCACGUCCAUUACAGCUGAUAAUAAUAAUGAAAAAUUGGGGAGGAAACCUCGUAGACGACGUACAGCAUUUACUCAUGCUCAAUUAGCUUUUCUUGAAAGAAAAUUUAGAUGUCAAAAAUAUUUAUCUGUAGCUGAUAGAAGUGAUGUUGCAGAAGCUCUCAAUUUAUCUGAAACACAAGUUAAAACUUGGUAUCAAAACAGAAGAACAAAAUGGAAGAGACAAAAUCAAUUGAGAUUGGAACAAUUAAGACAACAAACAAACGUUGAUAAGACAAUUAUGUCACGUCAAAUGUCUCCACGAACGGAAAACGAUAAUUGUUGUGGUUCAAGGUAUCAAUCUGAACCAGGUACAACCUGUAAUUUUUUUCCAACAACGGCAGCAAUAUUAAGAAGCGUUACAUACGUUCACGGAUGUAUUUCAAUACCUAAUCAAUUUCCAAUUGCAAUUGUACCAUGUAUUUUGUAUGUGCCCAAGCAUACUUUCAUGUUACCCAAUUAA